CUAUGCGAACCUCUUCGGCCACGACCACGCAGCGUCACCCGAUGGUUGGAGCCGAUGGUUGCAGCAGACGGAGAAGGGGUUGAGGAAGGAUCCCCAGAGCCCCUUCUUGCCCGCCUGCUUGGCCUUGCUCCCCCGCUUCUGCUUGCCCUCGGUGCUGGUGUGGGUGGUCUUCGUCUUGGUGGUGGCACCGUCCCUGGGCAGCUCGUACUUGGCCGCGAUGAAGGCCGCGACUGCGGCAUCGAUGCCCAGGUCAUGCUCGUCCACCGCCCGCUCCUUCGGCUGCUCGCCACGCCGCCUGCUGAUGGCCUCCUCCCUCUUCUUGUGCCACGCCUCGUUGGCCGCCUUGAGGGUCAUCCAGGCCUCGUACGAGUCCUCGCUCGUCCGAUCGUCGAUGCCCUCCUGGAGUUUCUGGAUUCUGCGGCGGUAGGCCUCGAUGAUCUCAUGCAAGUGCGAAUUGUGAUGCACACACACAUUGGAAGAGAGGCGGCAUGAGAGGAAUGCAAAGCGGGUGGUGCCUUCCUUCCUCCCCGACCUGCCUCGGCCAAAAGGUCCUCCGCCUUCCUCUGACGCACCAUACAUACACAAUGCCCUUCUCAGUCUCACCAAAACAAGGGCGUGGUGUGUAUACAAAUGAACGUGUGCAUCAGACACACCUGGUCUGGUCGUGGGGGCCUUCCCUUGCUCCAUGAGCCAACAGUCGUCCUGCAGCUAGGCCAAAAUAUGCUCUCAGUGGCCGCCGGAGCGGCCAAGUAUGCGAAGAAAAAAGAGAAGAGAAGAGGGGAGACAUGAGCAAAUCUGUCUGAGAGCCUCUUUCACCUACGUACCUGCGGCGCCGCCGGGGAUAUCAAAGCGAAUUAUAACAGCCAAUCUUGAAUGAAGUACGUAGGAGAGGCCCACCGAUGUAAGGUGUAAGCGGCGAUCGCUCUGCACACACAGACACGAGACGCGUGCAGGUCGAUCAGUCUGCUUUGACAGCUCACAUUCAAUGCGCACACGGCUGGGAAGGCAGUGCGGUAGAGGGUCGUCAUCAGUCGAUCAGAUAUAAAAUGUAGCCAGCGAUCUGCGCACCAGCAACAAAUACAUACACACCGUACCGGGUCCUGGUCCUUCUCACGCUGCCCACACACAAGACGGGCAAGGUGUGCUUGUCUCUCCUUCUUCUCUCGCCUCGCGCACCUCUUCGGUCGAGCGCUGCGCCAACUGCAGACUCUCGGGUCUCGGUGAAGUUGCUUUCGGCCUGAAUCAGCCACACAGAGAGCACAACACACUAUCUUCCUCCAAGUCAUAUUGUGCACGCAGGUCAAUGAGUUCGAUCACUUGGCUCACCGUCACGGUGCAAUUGAGGUGCUUAUGGGGCUUGUCCCACUUCAACGCGCCACUGACGUAUUGACCCGGCCUCUUCACACACACACACACACUGUGCUUCUCUGCGUACUUGCGUGUGUGUGUGUGUGUGUAUGUGCAUCUGUGAGCGCGUCCAUCUCCCCCUCCACCUUGGCAGCGACGUGUCUGUCGUAGAGCGCCCGGCCGUCACUGCUCUCGAUAAAGAAGGCCCCCGCCUCCCCGUAGAUCUCUGUGUUGGCGCUGCUGCCGUCGGGGUGGUCCAU